AUGUUUGGAGAUAAUUUGUCCAAGGAGUUAGUGUUAAGAAACUACAUAUUAGUAAAAAAAGAUAAUAACGGUGAUAAAGACAACUCUCCCUCUCCUAAUCCGGCGGCUCCUGCUCCUCAAUUGAUAACUGAUUCAAACAAAAAAAACGAUAAUUCAGUAAAUCCAGGCCAUUCUCCGAAGCCAAAUCCAGAAAAAGAUAGUCUGCCCGAAGAAAAAAAUGGUAAAGAAGACAACGCGGUUAAAUCUACCGAAAAUUCGCCUAUCAAAACUGAUAAUCAAAUCCUAAUAUCUCAAUGUCUCAGAGACAUUAAGCAAGUAACUUUAACGGCUGACGGCGAUUUAAUUAUUGAAUUUAAUAACUCAGAAAAUAGCCAUUCAAUCAGUCAAGUUGUAACUUCUGGGCAAAUAAAUAAUAAUCAAGAACUUCAAAAAAUUAAGAAUUACUGUCAAAGGAAUGGCAAAAAUAGUUUAAGCCAGCAAGAAUUAAAUAGUAUUCUCACUGCUAAUUCCACCGCAACCGAAAGUCCUAAAGAGGGCAAUAAUACUCUCUUAGUUGGAGGAAUUAUUUGUGCGGCCUUAAUUGUCGGAGUAGUUACUGGAUUAUUAUUGAAAAAGAAGAAA